CCCGCGCACCGCCCCCACCGGGUCCCCGCCGUCGCUGCCGCUUGCCCAGCGGCCCAGGAGGCGGAGGCGCGGGGGAGGAGGCCGCGCUUGACACCGCAGCCCCGGAUGCUGCAUGACUUCAUCCUUCCGCCGGCUCCCGGGCUGAGCUAGGGCCGGUGUGGCAGCUAGCCCGCCGCCCGCCGCAGUCCCGCGCCCGCCCCGCGCCCGCCAUGUCCGAAAUCCUGCCCUACAGCGAGGACAAGAUGGGUCGCUUCGGCGCCGACUCCGAGGGCUCCGACCUAUCCUUCAGCUGCCGCCUGCAGGACACCAACUCCUUCUUCGCGGGCAACCAGGCCAAGCGACCCCCCAAGCUGGGCCAGAUUGGCCGAGCCAAGCGAGUGGUGAUCGAGGAUGACCGGAUAGACGACGUGCUGAAGGGGAUGGGGGAGAAGCCGCCGUCCGGAGUGUAGACGCGCCGGCUCGGGCGGCGGGCUCCGGACCCAGCCUCGCAGCGGCCAGGAGCGCGGUCCAGCGAUGCGGCUGCCCGCGCCCCCCGCCCCGGCCCAGGCGCCCGCGGGCGGGGGCUGCAGGGCCGCGCCGCCGCCAGGUCAGUGUCGCUGCAGCCGCCGCCGGGCGCUCCGGAGCUGUCCGCUUCAGCACCACGGAGGCGGCGAUAGCCGCGGUGCGGACCCGCUGGGAGCCCGCCGCCGCGCUCAAGCACUUUAGAACCUCGGGCCGCAGCCCCACCCAGCACACCGGAACGGACACGGAGACCCACGGCCCUUAGCCCUUGGCCGGCCCCCUCCCGCACGGCUCCCCUGCCCCGCCCCCACCGGCCCGUCUAGUCUACAGACCCAGCAGCCCGCCGGCAUCGGACCGCGCGUGUGGCCAGGGAUGUUUUGGCUGCGUAUUUGCAUGAGCUUCCCAUCCACCAGAACCCAGCCCUCCGGGCCGCUCCUCACCCCAAACCCAUGUCUGGCGUGACCCCAUCCGCAGCCUCUUUCUAAGGGACUUCCUCAGCACAUUUGUAUUUUUAUAUCCGACUCUUUGUUUACUGGCUCUGCUCAUGGUUCGUGCCCUUCCCCCACGAUCUCGGCCACGCUCUUCUGCGCCUGGCGGAUAGGACGGGUGUUGAGGCUGGGGUGGGAAGCCCCCAAUAUGGUAACCAACCACAUGGCCAGUCUGCCCAGGCCUGACUCCAGGCAGACCCCAUCUCCCACAAGGUAUCACCUUCCAAGGGCCCAAAUCUGAAUUUACCUUGGACCCCUGCGUCCUGCCCAUGGGGACCCAAAUGGGAAUUGCUCUGCAUCUUUGGAUGAUAUCUGUGGCCCUGGAGAUGUUUUCAGUCCAGGGAUGUCCUUUGUAAAUGUUCCUCCAUCCUCACUGUACCAGGAGUGUGUGAAUAAACACAGACCUCCCUGUGUGUA